AAUUCUGCAAGUGGUUCUAAUUUACUAUCGCUGUUCUCUAGCUGGUCUAAAACCACUUUUGACCUAAAGGGAAGCUUUUUGGACGCCAUGGACGUUUCUCAGUUUCCAGGCAGAAAGAACAGUAAAAAUGCAGGCAGGGCACAGGACAAAGCACUAGGGACAAAAUGUAUGUGAAAUGCUUUGAUACAUGAAUGUCACUUUUUGUCAUUUUCAAAUUUCCCGCCAUUCUGUCCCCCAUACGUCCCAACGCUCGCAGGGGACGGAACCAAGCUGACAGAUGCCGGCAUCCACCGGAUUACGUUGUCGGGGACACUGCAGGAGGGACAU